AUGAACUCGGAAAGCAAAAGAAAGUUUCAUCAGUAUGUUGAGGUGGAGGAAGUGGGGCAACUUAAGAAACGAGUAGCACAUCUGGAAGAAGAAACACACGUGAUGAUGCAAGAAAUGUCCCAAAACACAGCAGAAAGGAAAUCAUUGUUGAAGGACAUAUAUCGACAACUGAAACUCAUACAGUUCUCUUGUCACCAAAAAUACCAAAACACGGAGUACAAGUUUUGUAUGCAACAGGAAGGAGGGAGGGCAGAUGGAUUGUCUCAAGUUUUAUAUGAAGAUUUGAAUCCAACGGUGGUGAUUAGAGGUGGUUCAACAACACAUUCAAUGGCGACUCCAAGUGAACAUGCAAAAAGUACAAUGUCAAACAUCUUAUGCAUAGAGUAUAAUAAUUGA